AUGGAAGACAACGACGAUGACUUCUUCUCCGAUGAGUUCGAUUCUCUACCGCCUGGAACAUGGGUUGAGUUAGAACAAAGCGCCUAUCAAGCUACCCAAGGUCAAGCUUCACAAUAUCAUCAUGGCCAUGAUCGGACUGUGCCGAGGGACUCUAUCCCGCAACCGCUGGCGCAGCCAUCGAUCCACGCCUCUGGUACUCUGAAGCCACCUCCACGCUUGCACACCGGAUAUACGAACGAAUAUGAUACGCUGGAAGUCGGUGAGCUGGAGGCGGAGGUUCACGAUAAUGUGGCGCUUCACCAGGGUCACAAUUUACUAGCAACAAAUCAUGGAAUGGCCGCGGGUAGUGCGAUAUACGACGCUAUGGAUGUGGAUGAACAAGGUGACGAGGGUAUUCACCAAUGGCAGGCUCACCUUGAAAAGCUAGAACGAGAAAAGGAACAAAUGCGACGAGAAUUGGCCGAGGCCCGAGUCCAAGUCGAAACCAAAGCCGGAGAGAUCGCUAUUAUCCGAUCUAAACAGAAUAGGGUGGCCGAGGACCACGAGCGGCAGAUGAAAGCAUUGCGUCAAGCCAUAGCGGACCAGGCAACGGAACAUAAACAAGCGGUUGAAGCAGCGAUGUCCGAAGGGAAAAUGCUUGCAACGGAGAACAUAUUCCUUCAGAAUGAAUUGGUAGACGAGUCACAUCGAUUUCGCAAUUAUAAGUCAAGGCAGCGAGAUGAGGAGAAGAAUGCACCUGUCACGCCAAGAAAAAACCGCGUUCUUGCGUUUCGAGAUGGCUUUGACGAUGAUGAGAUGGCUGCGGUGUCGCCCAGUAAGUCGGCAUCUCGGUCGAAGCGAUCAACUCCAACUGGCGCGGGCAAGCGGAAACGGCAAUCCAGCCUAGACUGUCCGGUCGGACCACAUUUAAGUCCUUCCGGGGAGUUAAUUAUGGUUGACGCCCCUGCCGAUGAUCCUGAUCCGCCCUUCGAAGAGGACGAUAUUCAUCUGACCGGAUUAAACGUGCGCAACCAGCGUGCUAUGAAACUUCUUUUCAAUCAUUGUAUGGUUCCGGGACAGGAGACUGAUAUUGAGGCGUUGUCGAAGGUCUGCUUCCCCUCAGAAUCGACUCGACCAAUAUCUCGAAUCGUCUUGGAUGAAUUGGCCAAGUUGGAUAAAGGCAGCUAUGUCCUGGAAUACAUCUAUACGAUCGGCCCACUGCUGCAUCGUACAAUAACAGAACGAUUUUAUGAGCCCGUUCCUCGAUUUCUCAGUAUCAUCCGCUGCGUGUUAACAAUGAGCGACACCCCUCUUCCAGACCUAAUUCAGCCUCUGGUCAUUACAUUGCAAGAUUCUGUUGAGGUCAAUGCGGUUCCUCGCUUUAAAUUCUCCCCCACUGCACGAGAAAAGGCGAGGGUACUACGACAAACACCCCAAUCAGACCUAAACCCGGAAGUUGAUUCAACAGAAGGACUGCGCCUUCUAUAUCAAAUGGCAUAUGAGCUGUUACAUAUCAAAAGCGCACUAGAUGAUUUCUGGCGACAAGUCCGGCAUACCUUCAUAUUGGUAAUGCUACACGGCUCACAGCGACUAAAGGACGUGGUACUCGUCAUCCAUCUACUAUCAACCAGUGUUCGACCAGACUCGUUCGGCCCCAUAAUGUCCUCGGAAGGAGCACAGGGUGAUGUGCAAAGGUGGAUCAUCGAUCGGCUUUCCCAUAUGCUCAGUGAACCCGUAUUACCAGACGAGGGCAUGGAGCCUUAUCCCCCGCACGAUAUUUGUGCAAUGCGCCUCGAGGCUUUACUCUUGUUAGAAUCACUCGCGUUCAACCCAGCCGCGCCGGCCCGGGAGCAUGGCAGCAUGAUUAUUGCUACACACCCAAAUGCAUUAGCACGUCUAUUUCGUUCGAUCCAUGACGAGCUAGACGCAUUAUAUUCAUCGCCUCCCGAGCAGGAGCUUCGAUUCGCCUUAGUUAACGGGCUCAUGCGGCUAAUAUUCGGGGUCAUGCGCCGCCAUGGAUCUUCCAUCAAUAUGCAAGAUAAACUAUCGCGUGUGCCGGGAGCUAAACAAAAACACCUAGUGGUUCUAACUCGCUUGGCGUUUUGUGAUGGAUCCGUCCUUGAGGCCGGAAUUGAUGACGAGACCGUUGACAUGGCACAUGAACUUCUAGAGGACUGGACUAACCCCCAAGAAGCGGAGUCGUUAGCCGAAGUGUUCCCCAGCUCUCGGCGAGAGUGA